AUGAUUGCUCUUAUCCUGAAGCAAAAGUUUGAGUCACAGUCAAAGUCUGAUAUCUCAAGCAAGAAAGAAGCUGAAAUAGUAGACCUGGAUGCUGAUGAUGAGUCAGAAAGUGAAAGUGAAAGUCAUGCAACACAAGAGCUCAAGGUUUCAGGCAAUAACAAGAGACCAGCUGCUGGUACAUUAGUUGUUUGUCCAGCGAGUGUUGUAAGGCAGUGGGAAAGAGAGCUUGAUGAGAAGGUCUCUGAUGAAUCCAAACUUUCUGUUUUAGUCUACCAUGGUGGUCAUAGGACCAAAGAUCCUAGUGUUUUAGCAAAAUAUGAUGUGGUUAUCACAACAUACGCCAUUGUUACCAAUGAAGUUCCCAAACAGUUCUUGGUGGAUCAGAAUGAGAACAAUGAAAAAGAUACCGAAGAACAUGGUUUCUCCAACAGUAAAAAACGUAAGAAGAGAGGUGGAAAAAGCAUGGACGAUUCUUCUUUUGGUACACUCUCAAGAGUUGGGUGGCUGAGAGUAGUACUAGAUGAAGCUCAGACAAUUAAGAAUCAUAGGACACAAGUGGCAAGAGCCUGUUGCAUUCUUCGAGCUAAAAGGAGGUGGUGUCUGUCUGCAACGCCAAUACAAAACACAGUUGAUGAUUUGUAUAGCUAUUUCAGGUUCCUUAGAUAUAAUCCGUAUGGUGUGUACAAGUCAUUUUACCUUGCAAUCAAGGUUCCAUUUAUCAGAAAUGAAAAACUUGGUUACAAGAAGCUUCAAGCUGUUCUAAGGGCUGUAAUGCUGCGCCGUACCAAAGGAGCAUUGCUUGAUGGACAACCCUUAAUCAAUCUACCUCCAAAGAAAGUUAACUUAAACAAGGUGGACUUUUCAGUGGAGGAAAGGUCUUUCUACAAGAAGCUUGAAGAGGAAUUACGAUCACAAUUCAAGGCCUAUGCUGCUGCAGGAACGUUGAACCAAAACUUUACCAAUAUUCUAUCGAUGCUUUUGCGUCUACGCCAAGCUUGUGACCACCCACAACUUGUUCACCUAUAUACCUCAAAUCCUUAUGGAAAAGAAUCCGUACAAGCAGUUAAAAGACUUCCAAAGGAGGCUCGAACCAACCUGCUUAAUCGUUUAGAGUCAUCAUCUGCCAUCUGCAAUAUCUGUAAUGAUCCACCAGAAGACCGUGUAGUUACGCUGUGUGGCCAUGUAUUUUGCUAUCAAUGUAUUUCAGAACAUAUCUCUGGUGAUGAUGAGAACAUGUGCCCUGUACAGUCAUGCAGAAAAUACUUUGGGCGUGAUGAUGUUUUCUCUCAAUAUGCCCUUAGAAAUGGCAUCACCAAUGAUGAUUUAGACUCUAGUUCUUCACAGGAUAAAUCAUUUUUUCGAAAAGACGAGUUUACUUCAUCAAAAAUCAAAGCUGUCCUAGAUAUCCUGCGUUCCAUCAGGUCACAUGAAGGUGACAAUUUUACCGGUGUGGAGCCAGUGACGCUUCACUCAUCUUCACCUAGCCAGGAACCAAUAAAGACGCUAGUAUUCUCUCAGUGGAAUGGUAUGCUUGACUUGGUUGAGCUCUGUUUUAUCGAAAACGGCAUAGAAUUCAGAAGAUUAGAUGGUAGAAUGAGUCUAGCAGCAAGAGAAAGGGCUGUAAAAGAAUUCAGAAAUGAUCCAGAUGUAGAAGUGAUGCUGAUGUCCUUAAAAGCUGGAAACAUAGGUUUGAAUAUGGUAGCUGCGAGUCAUGUUAUUCUUUUGGAUCUUUGGUGGAAUCCAUCAGCUGAAGAUCAAGCUAUAGAUCGUGCACAUCGUAUUGGACAAACUCGGCCUAUUAGUGUAACUCGUGUUACUAUAAAAAAUACCGUAGAGGAUAAAAUUUUGUAUCUUCAGGAGGAGAAAAGGAGAAUUGGUGCAUCUGCUUAUGGUGAAGAUCAUGGUGGACGCUCUACGACUGGACUGACGGUUGAUGAUCUCAAAUAUCUUUUUAUGGUAUAAGACCACUCAUUGUGUGCUCUACCCGUAGCCUUCUGCUUUUAAUAUGAUGCAUACAUAGUACUUAGAACUGGAGGUUGUCCCCAGCGUUUCUUGACCAGGAAAAAACCUCUUUUGUAAUAUUGAACUUCAAUACUGUGGCUCUCCUAGGACUUGGUGUUUUGGUUUUUUGCAUCGAUUUGA